AUGAGCCCCGUCGACGUUUUCCAAGUCAAGUCCGAGCGACUCUUUCCGAAUAUCAAACCCGAAGAACAAGUAGUAGCCUUGUCAUUGCUUGAUGCGACUACUGUAGACUUCUCCGCCAGUUCUGUGAUCUGGCUCUGCGAAAAGCCGGAUACGCAUCCCGAUUUCGAUUUGUCGGGUCAUUUACGCGAAUCGCUGCAGCUCACCCUUGAUGCGUAUCCUCAAUGGACCGGCUUGCUCAAAGGCAUCUCUACGCUGAACCCAGAUAAGCUGCCUCGCGAAACAGCCCACUUCGCGCCGCACGCACGUCGGUAUGGUCGUGUCUAUGCACAUUUUGGAACAUCGCAAGAUCCUGGCGUCGAAUUCGUCACGGCCAGAUCAACGGCUACGCUCAAUACGCUCUGCCCGGCUGCCCGGGUCAAAAACGAGCCAAUUUAUGACCGACAGAAGGUUUCACUUGCCAACUUGGUCUCAUCUGCUACCAUCACCAAUGCCUUUCGACCAAACCUUCCUGAUGAAUCCGGGCAGCUUCAGCCAUUGAUGGCCAUCCAGUUGACUCAUCUGGCCUGUGGAGGAUUUGCUCUUGCAGCUAAGAUCGGGCAUCCGAUGUCUGAUAUCCAGUCAUUGGUAUCCUUCAUGAAAGACUGGGCAAGUGUCAGUCGCUGGAUACUCUCAGGCUCCUCGGGUCCUCCGCCAGAACUGAAGCCGAACUUCGACCCCAGCCAGCUAGAUAAAAUGGCGUCAGGCGACAUCAACGCAAAGGCUCCCGAUCCCGCUAUUUUGGACCAAAUCACCCAACUCCCUCUACACCGCUAUGAUUGGUGGAUUUCAACCGAGGAAUGUCCCUGGGAAGUGCUGGUCCCCGAUCCAUAUAGAAAUAAGCCGAUUCAACCUAUUGGGAAGUCCAUGCCCUGGUCUGAGUGGGACCACGAGUCUCCCGUCUCACAUUAUGUGGUACAUUUGACCCACGAGCAAGUGGAAUUGAUAUUUGAAGACGCCACCAAAAGCACUUCCCACCCAACUGACGCUGUCCGAAUCAGUCGCCACGAUGCCGUACUAGCUCAUGCCUGGGCAUGCAUUGCUCACGCCCGAAAUCUGCAAGACGAUUCGGAUCCAGUGCACUGCGAUCUUACGUUCGGUUCACGUGGUGCAUUCGGACUUGACUCCUCAUUCGUUGGCUCCCCGAUCAUGAUGGUCGACAUUGAGAUGACCGGUGCCGGUCUUUGCUCUCCUCAAAUCCCAGAAGAGCAAAGGCGAGGCGCAAUUGCGCAGAAAAUUCGCACGACGAUAAAUCAGAUUAACCGACCAGUUGCAAUGGGCGCGCACUUGCAUAGUGUAGCGUAUGAGACUUGCCCUCAGAGGAUCUGGCAGGCAUUCGUCGGCCGGCGCCAUAUUCUGGUAACGAGUUGGGCGCGAGCGGGUGUUUACGAACUCGACUUCGGGCUCAGUUCGACUCCUAUCAUUCGCUAUGUCGAGCCGGUCAUGGUGGACAUGGAUGGCAUCGUGGUAAUCAACGACGCACCGCCACCCAAAGGAGUGAAUAUUUCUGAUGGACAGUCAUGGACAGUCCAUGGCGUCGACAUUUCGAUGCACCUCCGUGCACAGGACAUGGAACGCUUGAUCAAAGAUCCACUACUUCUUCCACGGGUCAAGUAA